AUGGAUUUUGGAACUAUGAGAGCUAAAGUACAUGAAGACAUGUAUACAAGUCUCCAACAAUUCAAGCGUGAUGUACUUCUACUAUGCUUCAAUGCUAUGAAUGCUUAUCCUGAAACUUCAAGACAUCACAAAGUGGCUGAAGAUAUCGGUUGUCAUGCUGUAAAUGUUUUUGAGGAUCUAAAUGUCCAACAUGAAAUUUUAAAUUUGGAUUCAUCCUCCAAUAAAGAACAUCAAAGUAAAAAGUCACAUGGAAGGCAAAAAAGUGCUUCUCCUAAAUUUAUGGGUACAUAA